AUGGCUGUCUACUCCAAGGACAGAAAGCUCAACGCCAACCUCAAGAGGCUGGACGAGCAGCACAAGGAUGCCAGACGGUCGGCCAAGGACACAGAGAUCCUGCUCCAGGAGGAUGCCGGGUUUCUGGAGGCCGAGGGAAUGGAGAAAACGUACAAGUUCAAACAAGACGAUAUAGUGAAGGAGGUUGAUGCGGGCACAGCCAACAAACGGUUCGAGCUGCGGCUCGAGCAAUUUGGUCCGUACACGCUAGACUACUCCAGAAACGGGCGCGACUUGCUGAUCGGCGGAAAGAAGGGCCAUGUGGCUUCGUUCGACUGGAGACAAGGCAAGCUCGACUGCGAGCUCCAUCUCAACGAAACCGUCCAUGCGGUCAAGUAUUUGCACAAUAACCAGUACUUUGCCGUCGCGCAGAAGAAGUACGUGUUUAUCUACGACAAGACGGGAAUGGAAUUGCACAGACUCAAACAACACAUCGACUCCACGCUGUUGGACUUUCUGCCGUACCAUCUCCUGCUCACCACGGCAGGAAACACCGGGUUUUUGAAGUACCACGACGUUUCCACGGGUGAUCUCGUGGCCGAACACCGCACUAAGCUCGGACCCACUCAAUGUAUGCGUCAGAAUCCAUGGAACGCCGUGAUGCAUCUGGGCCAUGCCAACGGACAGGUGACUCUGUGGUCGCCCAGCAUGCCCACUCCUCUGGCCAAAAUCAUGGCGUGCCGUGGUCCCGUCAGAGACAUCGCCAUCAACAGAGACGGCCGCCACAUGGUUGUUGCCGGCGCAGACAAGACGCUCAAGCUCUGGGACAUCCGCAACUUCAAGGAGAUCGACUCGUACUACACCCCGACCCAGGCCAACACGGUGGACAUCUCGGACAAGGGACUUGUUUCUGUGGGGUGGGGGCCCCACAUCACCAUCUGGAACUUCCUCAAACAACGUCAGAACUCGCCAUAUAUGAAUCACAUGAUUCCUUCGUCUCAGAUCCAAACCACCAGGUUUGUGCCGUUUGAGGAUAUUCUCGGAUGCGGCCACAACAAGGGUAUCUCAUCGGUGAUUGUUCCAGGCUCCGGAGAAGCCAACUUCGAUGCCCUGGAAAUCAACCCGUACGAGACCGCCAAACAGAGACAACAGUCCGAGAUCCGGUCGCUGCUCAAUAAAUUGCAACCGGACAUGAUCACAUUGGACCCGAACGUGAUUGGAAGCGUUGAUAAAAGAGCCUCGGCAAAAAGACUCACUCCAAAAGACCUGUCUGACUUGCAACCAGCCAAACCAGUCAACGAGGUGGACUCAAAGAUUAAGCCAGAAGUCAAGGGAAAGAACUCCACCAUCCGUAAGGCGAAGAGAAAAUUGCGCCAGAACGUGAUUAACGAGCGUGCUAAACGUAUAGAGCGUGCUCUGGAUAAAGAAAAGAACCUCAGAAAGCAAAAACACGAUUUUGCUAAAGGCAUUGAGCCCAAGAAAGAUACGCUACAUGGUGCUCUCGGUAGAUUUAAUUGA